CCACCUCGCCUUUGAACUUCACCGCUUUUGGCUGCAGUUCACCAGCCUCCCCGCAUUCUCAGCCAGGUGCGGUGCUAGGCAAAGCAGCGCCUGGAAAGCCGCGGGAGGGGGGAGCCACGGCCAGAGAAGCCAGGGGAAAGACGGGAAGGAGAGAAGGCGAAGGUGAAGAGGGAGAGGAGGAGCCUCCUGCCCUCGCCAGAAAAUUACCUAGCCACUUAAUCCCAAGACUCUGGUUCUUGGGCCCCAAUCUCUGGUGCCCACAGACUCCAGGCCGAGCGCCCCCUUCUCCCCGCUGCCCUUCCUAUCCUUCGGCCCCUUGGGGGCUGCCUGGGUGCCGGGAUUGGCAUGAUCAGUUGAAAACUUUACAGGGUCGGCUCUUCUCUCUGACUCCCCCUCUGCGGCUCCGAGAAGAGGGGAGUUCAAAGUCCCGAGCUCAGGACGGACAGAAAGACAGGCGGCCAACCGCGCCCGAGCUCGCCCGCAGAGCCCCUGCAUUCCCCACCCCCGCCCGCCUUGCCGGGACCAUGUCCAAACCUUCAGACCACAUCAAGAGGCCCAUGAAUGCCUUCAUGGUAUGGUCCCGGGGCCAGCGGCGCAAGAUGGCCCAGGAAAACCCCAAGAUGCACAACUCGGAGAUCAGCAAACGCCUAGGCGCCGAAUGGAAGCUCCUGUCCGAGGCAGAGAAGCGGCCUUACAUCGACGAAGCCAAAAGGCUGCGCGCCCAGCACAUGAAGGAGCACCCCGACUACAAGUACCGGCCAAGGCGCAAGCCCAAGAACCUACUCAAGAAAGACAGGUAUGUCUUCCCCCUGCCCUACCUGGGCGACACGGACCCGCUCAAGGCAGCCGGCCUGCCCGUGGGGGCUUCCGACGGCCUUCUGAGCGCGCCCGAGAAAGCCCGGGCCUUCUUGCCGCCGGCCUCGGCGCCUUACUCCCUGCUGGACCCUGCGCAAUUUAGCUCCAGUGCCAUCCAGAAGAUGGGUGAAGUGCCCCACACGUUGGCCACCAGCGCGCUGCCCUACGCGUCUACCCUGGGCUAUCAGAACGGCGCCUUCGGCAGUCUCAGCUGCCCCAGCCAGCACACGCACACGCAUCCGUCCCCCACCAACCCGGGCUAUGUGGUGCCCUGUAACUGUACUGCCUGGUCUGCCUCCACCCUGCAACCCCCUGUCGCCUACAUCCUCUUCCCAGGCAUGACCAAGACUGGCAUAGACCCUUAUUCGUCAGCCCACGCUACGGCCAUGUAACCCCCAGCUUGGCCCGGACCUGAAGGGUGGCUUGGGAGCAGAGCUCUGCAUCCUUCCCCUUGCACCUAGUCUGGCC